GCCUCAGUUGUGUUCGGACAAGCAAACGCGACGGUUGAAAUAGAAUUAUCUAAAAAGCAAGCCAGCCAAGCUAGCAAGAAAUCAAGAAAGCCAAUUCACAAGCAAACAAUAAAUAUACAGAUAUAUAUGUUCAACGCGGAAUAUAAAUUGAAAUCAUCGUUUGUGAAGUGAAAAAAAAUAAGUUAGUGCCAAAAAAGCAAAAUAUUUAAUUUUCAUCACAAAUAAAUGAAAUAGAGCAUAGAAGCAAUUUCGUGCUUAUCAAACUUAAAAGUGAAAGGAUAUUUCGGCAAAUUGGCGACGGCAUGAAUGAAAGCCCACCGCCUUAUAAGAUGAUUACACGAGCAGUGCUUUAUUGAUUUUUGCCUCGCAGUGAAAACGAGAACGAAACUUUCGUCAAACUGACUGUGAAAAUUUCGCAGACCGACUACUAGGAGCGACGUAAAGCCGCAAAGGCAACAACAACAAAAAAAAAGCCAAAGGAAAACCCCUUUGAAUUCUUCUGCAAGUGCCAUUGCGAUCCAGGCGGCGUAGCCCCUGGAACUCCAUCAGCGGCCAUGAUCAUGGAAGGGCUUGAAACCCUGGUGGCGCCAACGCAUCACGCAUUCCUGCUCACCGAGACGGCCGCGGCCGCUCACUUCAAUGUGCUGAGCUUCGACACCUGUCUGUUCAAGACGAGCACGGCGGCCCAGAGCAGCGGCAGUCCGUCGACGGCCACCUACCUGAGUCCCGCCCAAUUCGGAGGCAGUCAUCACGGCGGCGCCAGCACCAGCAGCAACUCCCUGAACUCCUCCUCGACCGCAUCCUCGUCGUCCACGUCGUCCUCGCUGCUCCACUACACCACAGCUUCGGCAGCUGCCGCUGCUGCAGCCGCCGCUGCUGCAUCCGCCAACAAUUCAGUGCUUCGUGCCCGCAAUCAGACGGCCACGCCCACCCAGGGCGGUAGUCCGGGACACGUGGCCGUACAGCCCAGCGCCACCGCCAGCAGCGGACGCAGUUCGGCCUCCCAUCUCAGCCUGCUGAACACCAGUGGCCAGCAUAGUCCCACCUCAUCGGCCGUCGAGCAGGUGGAGGCCCACAAGCAGCUGAUCGAGGCGCUGCCGGGCGACCUCAACACACCGGUGACCACGUCCAGCGAUAUUCCCUCGUUCUUCGGACCCACCACCGUCGUGGAGCCACCGCCCAUUACUGGUUCCAUCGAAUCCGAGGAUCUGUCUUUGGAACCCCAGGUGAUAUCUGUGGCCAGUCCCGUGUUGUCACAUUGCAGUCCGUUGAAGGAGGAGCGCAGCACUCCGCCAGCAUUGGCCAUUGUCAAGGAAGAAUCAAGUAAUAAUAGUUGUAAUAUGUACCCACAACACAACAACAACAACAACAACAACAACAACACAACAUCAUCAUCAACAACAACAACAAGCAAACAGACAACAAGCGAAAGCAACACCGAGUGCGUUGGCUCACCAGGCAACCAUACACAAUCACACCAACAGCAACAACAACAGCUGCAACACAACAACACGAGCAGCAGCAACAGCAAUUGCCACCACAGUCACCAACAGCAGCAGCAGCAGCAGCAGCAGCAACACAUGAGCUCCCCGCAACAACAAUACCAACAACACCAAAUAUUACACCAACAACAACAAUUGCCAAAUCACCACCAUCAUCACCAUCACCACCACCACCAUCACAGUCAGCUACAACAACUCCAACAACAACAGCAACAACAACAACAACAGCAGCAACACCAACAACAGCCGCUACACCAACAACAACAACUGCAACACCAGCAACAGCAACAACACCACCAACAACACUAUCAACAACAUGCCAUUCAACACCAGCAAUCACAACAGCAGGCUAGCAAAAUCUCAUAUCGUGGCAUUUUCACCACCACAGGCAACGCGAUGAACGCAGCAGCUGCCGCAGCAGCCGCCGCAGCACAGCAGCAACACCAACAGCAGCAGCAGCACCAGCAACAACUUCCCUCCCCGCAACUGGGCGUCCUGGCAGGACCGAUGUCUCCGCCCUCAAAUAGCUUGGGCAACAGCUGGGGUCUGCCCAGUCCGGACAAGACCAUGUUCCAGCCGCCCCUGUUCAGCCUGCCCGCUCACUAUGCCACCAUGCAGCAGCAGCAGCAACAGCAGCAGCAGCAGCAGCAGCAGCAGCAACAACAGCAAGCAGCAGGAGCUGCUCCCUCGCCCUACGACGAUGGACGAGCUGCAGCAGCAGCGGCGGCACAGCAUGCCGAGCUCUUGGGCUUGACCAUGGAUUGCACACCUCUCUUGCUGAAACAACCGCCACCAAGUUACGCCGGAGCCUCCGCCGGCUUCCCGGGUCUGGGUGACCUGCACAGCAGUCACGAGCAGCAGUUGCAACAGCAACAGUAUGUGCGAUCACAGCCGAAAUAUCAAUGGCUUGACUCACCAGCGGACUAUGCCCAGCAGCAACAGCAAGUGCAGCAGGUGCAGCAGCAGCAGCAGCAACAGCAGACUCUGGUGCUGCCAGGACCCACUUCAUCCGCCAGUUCCAGCAAUGCCGCUCUGGGCGUUUUAAUACCCAAGCAGGAGAACUAUCCCGAUAUGCAGCCCAGCUCGAAUGGCACCGGCUAUUCCGGCGGAUCUGGUGGCAGUUCGGCGGCAGCUGCUGCCGCCGCUGCUGCAGCAGCAGCAGCAGUGCAACUGGCCGAGUACAGUCCAUCCACCAGCAAGGGACACGAGAUCCUGUCGCAGGUCUAUCAGCAGAGCACUGUGCCCUUGAAACUGGUGCCCGUGAAGCCGCGCAAGUAUCCCAAUCGCCCCAGCAAGACGCCCGUGCAUGAGCGACCCUACGCCUGUCCGGUGGAGAACUGCGACCGUAGGUUCUCCCGUUCCGACGAGCUCACCCGCCACAUACGCAUCCAUACGGGCCAGAAGCCCUUCCAGUGCCGCAUCUGCAUGCGCAGCUUUAGUCGCAGUGAUCACCUCACCACCCACAUUCGCACCCAUACCGGCGAGAAGCCCUUUAGCUGCGACAUUUGCGGCAGGAAGUUCGCGCGAUCCGAUGAGAAGAAGCGCCACGCCAAGGUGCAUCUGAAGCAGCGCAUCAAGAAGGAAAAGGUGCGCGGCGAACAGCAGCAGCAACAGCAACAGCAGCAGCAGCAACAACAACAGCAGCAGCAGCAGCAGUUGCAGCAACAACAGGAGCAGCAUCAUUUGAGCCUGCAGCAACAUCAGCAGUAUCAGCAGCAUCACCUGCUGCACUCCGCCGAUUUGGCCAUAGUCACCUCCAGUGCGAGCAUGUAGAGACUAGAGAACUCGGCAUCCAGCGUUGACCAGGCCCAGACUCCAACUCCAACACCAGCUCCGGCUGCAACACAGAAAGUUAGUCUGGCCCUGGCUCUGGAUCUCGACGAGAGCGCCUUUCCCUUCGAGCUGACAUCCGACUAUGGCACCCUGUCGCCGCUCACCAGUCCCAGGCAGUUCAAUUACGUUUGGGUUGGCCAGGACUCCAGUCAGCCCUUCUUCUACAAGGACAACGUCAGCGUCCAGGAGAAGUAGAGCUCAUCCGGAAGGCAAGCCGUCGAGUGGAAUCAAUCGCUGAUGCUGAAUAAUCACUUAGUGUAUACUUAAACGGUAGUCGUAGGAACGGGGUUGUGCUAACAGCAAAAUCUAUGCAAGACAUUAAAUAGUAAAGAAGAUACAAUAUGCUACAGUUAGCCUAGAUAAUAUUUCACACAUCCAAGAAUGGUCAGGAUAGGAAAUCGAGAUAUCGAGUAAUCAUGAAAUUAAGAGAAUCAAGAAAUCGAACAAACAAAACAGAGUUACUAACCAUACAAAGCCUAACUAAAGCAAAUUGAUUGAUUACUAACUAUAUUCGAUGUAAUUGAAAUGGGAAAAUAUUUAACUUAUGUCUCUAAUACUGUGAUCUCAUGUGUAAUAAUUAUUAAUUUUAAUUUCUUUACAUAACUGCAAGUAACCAGUAAUAAUUUUAAAAAUUAUAAUCCUUUCGCCUUUGCCUAGCUAAUGUUCAUUUUUUAAAAAUGCUAACACAAACGAAACACACAAACACUAAUUUAUUGCAUUUUAAAAUAAUUAUACAUAUACGUAAUAUGUAUAUCUAUUAUAAUUAUUAACUUAUUAUCUUAGAGGUUUAGAUUUAGGUUUUAACAUACAGAAUACACGAAAACGAACACACACAAAUCUUAGCAUAUCAGUUUUUCCUCUAAGCAUUAUAAAUUGCAUAAGUUCAAAACAAAAGUUACAUUUAAAAUCGGUAAAUGGAAUUUUCGUGUGCUAAAAAACGAGAAACUUGUUUAACGGAAACGGAAACGACGAAAAAACUUAAAAUUGAAAAAUGAACCCAGUGUACUUCCUUAAUUGAUUCGAAAUCAAAACGGCAAAUGAAAAUGAAAUGUUAUUAUACAUUAUAAAUACAUAUAUUUAUCUUGAAUACGUUUAUGUUCAAUCUACUGUAGAAAAGAAAUUUCUUCUUAGUUCGUAAUGGUUUAUUUUAAGUUUAAGUAAUUUUUAUAUUUUUAGUUUACUUUACCUUGCAAAAUAUAUAACAAUUUAAAAAAAAAAAAAAAAUAUUUCAUUUGUGUUAUUAUUUAUUGUGUUAUUUAUUGAUUUUCAAAAGCAAAAAAAAACGAAUGGUGCAUGCUAAGUAGAUGGUUUCGGCUCGUAGUAUUUGGCAAUAAGGAUCGCAUAAAACGUUAAGAACUUCGUAGUUGUUAGACAAUAGAAAUAUUGAAUACGCAGCAGUACAAGUACAAGAAAAUCCAAAAGUCCCAAUUCGAAACUUAUUCCAAAAACUAUGUAUUUUCCAUAGCCAUACGAACUUUUGUAUGGCUAUGAAUCACACAGUAUACAUAUAAAAUAAGUAUAAAUGAAAUUAGAUAACGAAAUUUUAAAGCUCGGCUUAUUCUGAAUGAGUCUGGCGCCUCAAAAAUGUUAGCCUAACGAACAUGAAAGCGAAGUAGAAAGUGUGGAAAAGCACGAAAAACGCAGUAACCGAAACAGAAACUUAAAUGAAACUCUUGUGCCACUUGACAAAUAUAUUUGUUGAUGUAUACAUACAUACUCGUACAUACAUAAAUGUAGAGAGCAACGAUAGCUAAAAUACGAUAGUAACGAAAGUGACGAAAGUAACGAAUGGUUUGAGAAUGUUUUAAAUUCGAAUCUAUUUUAUAGCAAAAACAAUGGUGAACAUACAUAUAUUUUGCAUAGCCGCUAAAAUCAGUCACAAAUUAGCAUUAGAACCGAGUUAGCUAUAAACUUAUUGUAUAACUAGGAAAUAGGUGAAGAAGGGCAGUGCCAGCAUGGAAAACAACUUUUCACCAAGAAGUUUAACAUUAAUCUAUAUAUUUGUAUUGAAAGUUUGUCAUUUCUUAGCUAGCAUAGUGUUCGAAGUAAGUCACAAAGUAUCCAAAAUGCAAAUGAAUGUGUGAAACUUAUGUGCCAUCAAGAAAACAAAUGAAGCUUAUAAAUAAAAAAAUAAAAAAAAAAACACGGACAAAUGAAAAAUAACAAUUAUACCUAAGAGAAGAUUUUGAAAUUUUAAACGUUGUGAUUUAUAUUGUUCAUUUGAUGCAUGGUUCAGUGUUAAUAACUAUUAUUCAGUCAUUUUUCCAAACGGGCGAGGCUUAUUAAGCAAAUUAUAUCCAUAGGUGUAUUUAAUUGUGUACAUAAGUAGAUGGAUGUGUUUAUAUCUCAAGUUGCUUAUGGACAGUUUUUCUUCCAUAUAUAUAUACAAUACAUAUAUAUAUAUAUAUAUAUAUAUACAUAUAUACAUUACACGAAUGUAGAAUUCACUUGGAUAAAUGUAUUUUAUUGAUGCAUUCUUAGCUAGACAACAAUUAUUCGUAGCUAAGCCAAAUACAAAUUCAAAUUCAAAUACGAAUACAUUUAAUGCUCAAACGGUGAGGCAGCUUGAAAAGUGUGUUUCUUGUAGUUUUCGCAUUGCAGUUCAAAUAUAAUUUGUUUGUGCGUUAAAAUACAUACAUAGUUAAUCUAAGUGUUUAUUAAUGUCCAUUGUGUGCACAUCAAGUAUGUUACUUAACUACCCAUUCAAAUGAGUAUACCAAAUACGAAUAGGCUCUCAAUUCGCUAACUCUAAUUUCCAAGACUGUCUUUGUGUUUAGAUUGUUAAGUCUGUCGAAUCGGUUCUAUCAUCCAAAAUUGGGGCAGUCUCUCCAUCUGCUCCACUAUAUCAGUUCGCUCUUAUAAAUUCCACACCUAAAAUAUGUAUAUCCCUAAGCAUAAGUUGAUAUUUUAUGUCAAAUAAAAACUAACAAUAUUCAGAUUAUAUAUUAAAUACGUGAACAAAAAAAAACAAACAAAUAUGCAAAUUUGGCGAAAACACUUUUUGAACCAAUUAAACAAACGAAAUUUAAAAUUGAACCAACU